AUGCAGAAGUUCCGAAGGCUUAGAGACGGCUCUUGGGGGGCUCCAUGGCUCGUUGCACUGCGGCUGCAGCACCACCCCAACAGCCGCGGCUUGCUGUCUCUAGAAGCAGUCGCGGGGGGGAGCUCUCACACGAAGCCUCGAGUCACCGUAAGGGCGGUAAGGGAGAGUUCCCUAGGACCUGCGGACAAGAUUUACGCGGAAAGCUGGCGUUCUAAUCCUCUUCCUUCCGAGUGGGGAGCUUCCAUUGGGGUCUGCCCAGCAGCAGCUUCAGGGGAUUUCCGUCGCAAGCCUUCUGACCAGCGCCUCGCAGAUCCUGCCGCUGACAGCGCCACAGGCAGCGGCAAUGCUGGAAACAGCAACAGCAGACACACGAGGAGCCGCUGGAAGCUACAAAGUUUGUUUUUGGUGGCUGCAGCUCCGGUGGCUGUAGCACCUCUGCUGCACUUCGAGCAGCAGCAACAGCAACAGACGCACGAGCCGUCUGCGCAAGACCAUGGCAUGCAUGCGGACGCGCCUUUGGCGAGUGCUGGAGGUUUUUUGGGGCUUGGGAGGCUGCAGCGCCUUGUAGGAGAAGUUUGGACUGUGCUGCCACGGCCUCCCCGCUUGAGCGUCAGCAGCAGCAGCAGCAGCAGCAGCAGCAGCAGCACAAGCAGCAGCAGUGAAGUGCUGCUCCCCGCGUGGGGGCUCACUGGUUGGAUUCGUUUUCUCCGGAGCUUCGCUUCCAUCUGUCUUUCCUCCGUGGACUACAAGUUGAGUUUUUUGCGUCUCGCUGCAAUGGAUUGGAGGGAACGUCACUUGUCAGCAGCGGCUUCUGCAGCGGCUUCUGCAGCGGCUUCUGCAGCGAGUGAUAGCGGCCGUGUCAAGUGUCAGGAUCUCGUGCAGCGCUUGCAGGCAGAGGUGGAGAGGCUCGAUGCUCAGGUGGAUGCCUUGAGGGAGAAGAAACGGUGGGUAGAGCAGCAGUUGCACGAACGAGGAGCUCGGCGUCUGCUGCGUCUCUGCAUUCGGCAUGGCGGUCUGUACGUCAAGUUGGGGCAGUACGUCGGAACGCUGCAGCACGUUCUCCCCCCCCCGUAUGUCACCAUUCUCUCGCAGCUGCAAGACAACGCUGCUCGAGUGCCGUGGUCAGAGGCGAAAGCCUUGCUGGAGCGCGAGUUGGGGGGUUCAGUGUCUUUGUUUUUCGUCGAAAUUCGCGAGGAAGCCGUUGCUGCAGCUUCUCUUGCGCAGGUUCACUAUGCGAGGCGUCGCAGCGACGGAGCCGAAGUGGCAGUCAAGCUGCAACGGCCUCACCUUCACGAGAAUUUCGUGUCGGACUUGGUGGGGUUGCGGUACCUGAUGGGCUUUAUCUCCUUUGUGUUUCCCCGCUGCCGUUUUGGGUGGUUGCUCCCCGAGUUCGAGGCGAACAUGCGGCAAGAAAUGAAUUUCAGACAGGAGGGAUACAACGCAGCUCGCCUCCGUCGGCUUUUCGCCGCGAAUCCCCAAGUGUAUGUGCCGUGGGUUGACUGGAGUCUUACAACUGAGAAGGUCUUGACCAUGGAAUUCGUGAGGGGGGCUAAACUCACCGACGAGGAGGCUUUGCGCAGAGAAGGCAUUUUCCCUCGUUCUCCCGAAAUUGCGCAGCUCCUCAUGCGCGUCUUCGGCGAUAUGCUGCACCUCCACGGAUUUGUCCACUGCGAUCCACACCCAGGCAACCUCCUCAUCAGAAGAAUGCAGCAGCAGCAGCAGCAGCAGCAGCAGCCCUCAGAGCAGCACAGACGCGCCUGGCCACUGAAGACUCCUCCGAACGAGGAGGAGGAGAAAAAAAAGGGGCCCCCUUCUUCUCCCCACAGUAAGCCCCAAGGACGACCGCAGGAAGGAGAGAGCACCGCGCAAGAGGGAGGCAGCGAGCUGCUGCCCCCCUCCUCCGCAUGCGAGGACUGCGUCAGCAGCAGCAGCAGCAGCAAGAAUCCUCUGCAACUCGUGAUACUGGAUCAUGGGAUGUAUCGACGUCUAUCUCCAGAUUUCCGCGUGGCCUUCUCCCGCUUGUGGCUCGCGCUGCUUCUCAACGAUGUUGCAGAAGGGCGCAGGGCGCUCAGAGACUUAGGCAUCGACAAGCAGCUCGAGCGAUCUCAGGAGCAGUCGCGGCUGAUGCACUACGCGACACACAGAGCAGCUGCAACGGCAGAGCCGUCCGCAGCGACUUCUUCGAAAGACUCGCAGUGCCCCUGGAAGGCACUGCGCGGCGGCAGCAGUCCACCACCCCUUUCCUCCCAUGAAAAGAACAGCAGUGAGAGCAGCAGUUCGAAUUGGAAGGAAGAGGGGCCCCUUCUCCUCGAUGAAGACACGGCGCUAGAUCUGCUGUCCGUUGUCUUGACGUACCGCCCCCAGGUGGGCCUCCGUACCCAGCUGGGGGCCCCCCUGCAUGCGGGGGACCGGGCGAAAAUCAUGGGGGCCCUUCGGGGGGCCCCUCUGGAGAGCAUCAACGGGUUCCUGCAGCUGCUGCCUCGCGACCUCUUGUGGGUGCUGCGCAUGAGCUACCUCAUACGGAGCAUCAACUGCGAUCUGGGGGGCACAACGAAGGAACGCCUUGUGGCUAUGGGGGAGGCAGCCUGCCGAGGAAUGCAGCUGCGCGACAAGCGCCUUCGUCCGAAGCUCGUGGAGUGCAGGCGGUUCGCUGCAUCGGCGGCUGCUGCAAGUCUACGCGGCAGCAACGGCACUGGAGACAGCGAGCUCUGCGCCUCAGCAGCCGACCGCAAGGGUGCGGCUCCCCGAUGGUUCGAAUUGCCGGGAGCAGAAUCCUUGAAUCUUCCAGUCGCUUCUGAGUAUCCCGCAUACGCGGCGUGGUUCUUCUCGAGAUUAGAGAAGGCCGCACGGGGUGAAGAAGCGGGAGACUGCGCUGCUGUUUGUCAGCCGUCUGACCCCUUAGAAGAUUUAUACACACAGAUGAUCCUUGCGAAUGGCGCUGAGCAGGCAGAUCCGCUCCUCGCAUACAGAGGGGAGAAUGGGGAAGCCCCUGGCCUGCUGCAGCAUCAGCAGCUUUUGCUGCUGCGAAAUGCACAGCAUCGCGCCGCUUGCAGCUCCUUCCAGUCCCCGCUGUUGCUCAGCUCGCUUUCUGGGAACCGCAGGCACCAAGAAAAGCCGCUGCAAAACAGCUGCCUGCACUGCAGAACCUGCAAAACAAGGGCAGCGAGGGGCGACAGCAGAACACAUGCUGCUGCUUCCCCCUCCAGGAGCGCGCCUAAGACCUCCUCUGAGAUUGCGCGAAUCACUGAUAAAGGGCUGUCAACCGAUGCUGCAGCCUCCACAGAGACUGCUGUGCUGGAGAGACUCUCAGGCAGUGCCCUUGCAGAGGCCCCCUGGGCCCCCCAAGGUCUUGUGGGUUCAUUUCGGCGAUUUCUGCUCCGACUGGAGAUGCUUUGUACCGUCUCGCUGCUGCGAAUGCAGCUGUGGAUCGUAGACUGGCUCUUGUACCUGGCCGUUGGGUCGACCACUCAGCAGCAGCAGCAGCCGCAACGUCGAUCGUUCGGCUAG